GCUGAGCAGGUUUGAGUGGUCCUGUGUGACGUGCUCCCUGUCUUGCGGCUGAUGCUGUGAAGCGCGCUCAGGCAAGCUCCGAAGUUGUGAUAUGGAUGCAGUGACCUAUGAUGAUGUGCAUGUAAACUUGACUCAAGAAGAAUGGGCUUUGCUGGAUCCUUCACAGAAGUGUCUCUACAAAGAUGUGAUGCUGGAGACCUAUAAGAACCUCACAGCUAUAGGCUACAAUUGGGAAUACCAUAACAUUGAAGAACAUUGUCAAAGUUCUAGAAGACAUGGAAGGUAUGAAAGAAGUCAUACUGGAGAGAAACACUCUGAAUACACUCAAUGUGGUAAAGCCUUUGCAUUUCACAGUUAUCCUCAAAGGCAUGAAAGAAUUCAUACUAGAGAGAAAUCCUAUGAAGGUAUUCAAUAUGAUGAAGCCUUGGUACAUCACAGUAAUCUCCAAACACAUAAAAGAACACAUCCUAAAGAGAAACCCUACAAAUGCAAUCGAUGUGAUAAAGCCUAUUCACAACAUAGUCAUCUCCAAAGACAUAAAAGAAAACACACUGGAGAGAAACCUUAUGAAUGUAAGCAAUGUGGCAAAGCCUUUGCAUACCAUUCUGAACUUCGGAGUCAUGAAAGAAUUCAUACUGGAGAGAAACCCUACAAAUGUAAUCAAUGUGGUAAAGCCUUUGCACAUCAUUGUAAUCUUCGAGUGCAUAAAAUAAUACAUACUGGAGAGAAGCCCUACAAAUGCAAUCAGUGUGAUAAAGCCUAUUCACAACACUGUAAUCUCCAAAUACAUAAAAGUACACAUACUGGAGAGAAGUCCUAUAAAUGUAAUCAAUGUGAUAAAGCCUUUGUAUAUUAUGGUUAUCUUCAAAGACAUAAAACAACACACACUGGAGAGAAACCUUACAAAUGUAAUCUAUGUGGUAAAGCCUUUGCAUCUCAUCGUUAUCUCCAAGUACAUAGAAGAACACAUACUGGAGAGAAACCCCAUGAAUGUAAUCAAUGUGGUAAAGCCUUUGUAUAUCAUGAUCAUCUUCAAAUACAUAAAAGAACACAUACUGGAGAGAAACCCUAUGAAUGUAAUCACUGUGGUAAAACCUUUGCAGCCCAUCGUUAUCUCCAAGUACAUAAAAGAACACAUACUGGAGAGAAACCCUAUGAAUGCAAUCAAUGUGGUAAAUCCUUUGCAUCUCAUAGUUAUCUCCAAGUACAUAAAAGAACACAUACUGGAGAGAAACCCUAUGAAUGCAGUCAGUGUGAUAAAGCUUUUGCAUAUCCUGGUUAUCUCCAAGUACAUAAAAGAACACAUACUGGAGAGAAACCAUAUGAAUGCAAUCAAUGUGGUAAAGCCUUUGCAGGUCAGAAUGUUCUUAAAAGACAUGAAAAAAUUCAUACUGGUGAGAAACCUUACAUAUGUAAUGAAUGUGGUAAAGCCUUUGUGAGUAACACUAGUCUCCAAAUACAUAAAGCAACACAUACUGGAGAGAAGCCUUAUGAAUGUAAGCAAUGUAGUAAAUCCUUUGCCUCUAAUGGCCAACUUCAAAGUCAUGAAAUAAUUCACACUGGAGAGAAACCCUACAAAUGUAAUGGAUGUGAUAAAGCCUAUUCACGACACAGUCAUCUCCAAAGACAUAAAAGAACACAUACUAUGACUGUAACCAAUGUGUUAGAGCCUUUACAGGUCACAGUGAUCUUCAAAGGUGUGGAAGUUUGAAUAUUCUUGGCCCAUGGCAAGUGGCACUAUUAGGAGUUGUGGCCUUCUUUGAGGAAGUGGAUCACUAUGGCAGUGGGCUUUGAGAUCCUAUGCGUGAGCCCCUCCCAGGGCAGAAGAGUCUUCUGGCUGCCUUCUAAUUAAGAUGUAAAACUCUCAGCUCCUCCAGCUCCUCCAAUGUCUGCUGGACACUACUAUUCUUUCCACCUUAAUGAUAAUAGACUGAACCUCUGAAUCUGUACAGAACCCUCAAAUA